AUGUCUCUAACAGCUGUUGAGACCGCCGCGCGAACAUCACAGCGGCUGAACGCGAUGCCACAGACCAUGCCGGAGGCCAUGCCACAUCCACACGCGACGACAAUAAUGAAUUGGGCACCGGACACACAUCAUCCUCCUUGGGGUCCAGUUCACUCUUACUAUGAUCAACGCCUGUAUUCCCCGGCGGGUCAACUCACCGUAGGGCCCGAUCAUCGUCGUCCUUCGCAGCAGCAGCAUCAUCAACACCCACGAACUGGCCAUGUUUACCAAUCGAAUGAGCUGCCAGGCUCUGUGCCUCAGAACCAACCCUAUCCUCCACAUCCCCAUCCACCAUCUGGGCUAUAUGCUACUGAUCAUACAGCUGGACAGCAAGCCCGUCCAACCCAAGCUCCAUCCACUACUCUUCUACGGAAUAGCGAAAUGCUGGACCACGCGCAGAGCCACCCUCCAGUAUAUGCACCGAGGCUGCCCUCGGUGUUAGAGCAUCAACCGCCCGCCUUCAUGCAUGGUCAACAUAGACCAUCAAUCGAUAUGCAUGCGGUGGCCCCCUUCACAGAGUAUCACUUCAAUCCGCCAGUUACAACCAAUGGUAGACCACCUGAUUCGAAUAGUCCUAUGGUGUCUCCAACUGAACCGAGGCCUGAUCCUAUGAGGAUAGUCGACAUUCUUACCACUGGUGAGAGAAGUGGCGGUAGGACGAGCGUGGACAAUCGCUCAGGAGGCGAUGGCUGCUUCAAGCUCCAGAUACGACAGCAACCAAUUGCGGCUCGAUCAUGUGGAUUUGGGGAGAGAGACCGGAGAGUAAUCGAUCCGCCGCCAAUCGUUCAGCUUCUCAUCAACGACGCCAGUCUCACGAAAGAAGAGACAGCAAAACAUCUGCGCUAUCCCCACUACGUAAUGAGCUGCUCUAUUUUCGAUGAAUCUGGGUCUUCUGAUGCCUCUUUCAUGCCUGAAGAGUAUCGGCAACAGCGCCGACUCAUGGGCUUACUAGUCAGUGCCCCGUUUGUUGGCAAGGAUGAACAUGGCGAGGAGGGCUGCUUCUUCUGCUUCCCAGACUUAUCCUGCAGAACUCCUGGCUCAUUUCGCCUUAAUUUCACCUUGGUCAAAAUUGACCCAAUCCGUGCAAAAGAGGUGAAGCGCUUCCCGACUUUGGUCACCGCUCAGAGCGAUGUUUUCACUGCGUAUACAGCAAAGGACUUUCCUGGGAUGCAGGCCAGCACAAAGUUGACUAAGCGACUUAAGGAACAAGGCUGUAUUAUUUCUAUCAAGAAGGGAAAUGACCGGUCCAAAAACACCAGGAGUCACGACGAUUCAAGCGAUGGAGAACAAGAUGAGGGCGAAGCUACGUUGCAAGGAAAGCGGCGACGCCGUUCGGCACGGCAGUGA